GACCGACCACUGUACGUUCUGGGAGACAGUGCGAGGCUCCGAGGCCCGAGCUGAAGCAUCGCUUCGGCCCCGGGAGUCAAAAAGGUUCUGUCAGCUGAUGAAUGCGUCGGAAGUUUCUGUACAUGCUUGCGACUUGAUCAAACCCUAGACCCUGCACGAUUCACUCGCGCAAUCGUUGAUUCGUGCAGGGGUUAGUUCUCCGGUGCUCGCCAGUAGGUCGAUGCUGGUGGUGCAGAAUGGUUGAAUGAGGGUCCCAUCGCGUCGUUUGCAACCUGUGAUUGUAUUCCUGCGCUCGGUGUUUGGAUCUCGGACGGAAGUGGCUCGUGCGAGGUUGGCAGCCGGUGGUUUGGAGGAGAGCCCUCAGAGUUUGGCCGGUGUGAAAGGGGUGCCGGUUUUGGCAAGCGCGGGAGGAUUUACGUAUCGUGAUGAUUGGAGGUUUAUGAGCUUUUCAUCGAACUUCUCCACGAUGCAGGUCGCUAUGCCUCCUGCUGAGGGCCUUCCCGAGGAGAGAUUGCAACGAAAUGGGGCAAUGGUUGAUGCUGCUGAUGUUAUUGACAAUAGGGUCGGAGAGAAUGGUGCAGAUGCCGGCGGUGCCGCUCUUAUGGUUCUGGAAGGAGAGGAAUUUGAUGGAGCUGUCCCUGUCCCUGCAAAUGCAGAGUUUCACGAGAAUUUUCAUGUUAGAGCGAAUGUUGGCAUAGACCCUCCAGCGGAACUUGCCGAGAUGGUGAUGGUUGAUGGAAAUUUGGAUGAAUCUGCUCCAACAACUCCGGACAAUGCUGCAGAGCGAGUAGACUUGAAUGGCUCCUGUAGUAGAAAUUUUGAGCUGAAAUUUUCUGGAGGUUGUGGGAGUGCUGCGAAGCGGAUGCGAAUGGAAUCACCAACACGUGCGGAAUUGGAAGAUGUCAAAGAAAAGCAUAUUGCAGCAGCAUGGGAGCACUGGAGAAGACUUGGGUCACCGAAGCUUCAUGUAGCACCUAUGGUGGAUCAGUCAGAGCUUCCCUUUCGUAUGCUUUGCAGGAAAUAUGGAGCUACUGCUGCUUACACUCCCAUGCUUCAUUCACGUUUGUAUGUUCAGGAUCUUAAGUACCGAAAGGAAUUCACUACGUGUCCUGAGGACCGACCAUUGUUCGUACAAUUUUGUGCAAAUAAUCCUGCGACGCUUUUGGAUGCGGGGCGGUUGGUGGAGUCUCAGUGUGAUUAUGUGGACAUCAACUUGGGGUGCCCACAACGAAUUGCAAAGAGAGGAAAUUAUGGUGCUUUUUUGAUGGACCAGCUUCCCCUCGUUCAAUCUCUUGUUAGCAAUCUGUCAUCGAAUUUGACAACCCCCGUCUCCUGCAAGAUCCGUCUCUUUCCCGACAUCAAGGAUACUUUGGCAUACGCCCACAUGCUGGAAGAUGCAGGCUGCUCAUUGCUUGCGGUGCACGGGCGAACCAGAGACCAGAAGAACGGGAAGCUUGUGCGUGCAGACUGGGAAGCCAUAAAGACCGUCAGGGAAGCCCUGAGAAUCCCAGUCUUGGCAAAUGGAAAUAUAAGAUGGCUCGAAGAUGUGGAUACGUGUAUCGCCGCCACAGGAGUAGAAGGAGUCAUGUCAGCGGAGUCAUUACUGGAGAAUCCGGCUUUGUUUGCAGGCUAUCGAACCUCAUCAACCGAACUAAACGUGGGAACUGCGCCGUCUUCUGAAGUUGACGAGGAUGCAGAAGAUUCAAGGGCCCAGACUUCCUUCAAGACCAUUGAUGAGAGACUGUUGUGUUUGGAAUAUCUAGAUCUCUGCGAGCAGUAUCCGGUUCCCAUGCGCAUGGUCCGAGGCCAUGUGCAUAAAAUGUUAGGCAACUUUUGGUUCAAACAACAUCCUGAUCUCAGAGAAGAACUCAAUAGACAGUACAAGCUCAACUUAGAUUGGCUCAAAGACAUGGUGCAGAGGAUGUUAGCACGUCCUACGCCAGGAGCUGUUUCUGCAGUAGAAGUGGUUCCUGCCAGUGCACCUGUUGUGGAGUCUCAGGAGAUUGAGAAUGCGGCUUCGACUGCAGUACACAACUUGGAGCCUUUGGCGGUCGACAAUGUUGCUGGAGGAACUGCCGGAGUCUCUGAAAUUUCCCCAGUAGAUGUGAAUACACUGGAGACCGUGAGUGUACAGUAGGAGCAGUACAUUUUUGGCGAGGUCGGUAUAUCCGGUGCUGACCUUGAAUGAAGGAAAUUUAGUUUAGUCUUACCUUUCUAGUAAAUUGGCCCGAGUUGUGAACUCCCUUUGACCGGUGAUGAUGCAUUCUUUUGAGCGGGAAAGCCACCAAUGUUAACUAGCAACAAAAGUGUAUUUGUGUACUCCAGACACUUGUGGUUAACAAGUCCUUUGAUUCAUUAGGACUCUAUCACAUCCCUUCGAAGAUGUCCAAGCUCUGCGAUCAAUGGAUAUCUUUGAGAUUCCUUUUGGCUUUUCUAGGCCUCCAUUUUAACUGUAUUCUUUUGUCGAGCAGUGGUGUAUGGCUCAUGGAUGUCAACUACAGUAUAGCGAGUUACGUGUAAACCAAGAUCCUCAGAGCAACACGAAAACUGC